UAACAUUCAGUGAAAAGAGAAGUACUAAGCUCCACUUUUAUGUAUCCUUGGAAGCUCCCAGUUUUUAUAUAUGUCAGUCCGUUUGAUGAUUUGAUCUUAUUCUGUUCCACUUCUUUUGGAAAACAUACAUACAAUACAUACAUGCCACUGAAUCUAAUCCAUUCCAAAUGUUCAAGAAAAGAUUUUUAACUUUUACAUGCAAAUAAGACCCGCUCCAAAUUUGGAACUUGCAGUUUCCGUUGACUUCUUCUUGGUCCAGAAGUAGAGAACAUACCUCUUUUUCAGGGUAUUUCUUUUCUUGCAUCUAGAUGUUGCAAUAAUAUGGCAUCAGCUAGGAAAUUUCAUUAACAUAGAGCCCUUGGAAAAGUAUAACAACAAGAUUUUCUCUUGCUGAGCAGCAAAAAUGGCUUUGGCUUCUCCUGUAAAAGUGGGUCUAGGCUCAAUUGCUUUUGCAAUCUUCUGGGUAUUGGCGGUUUGCUCAGCUGUUCCAUUUCUACCGGUUGGGAGGACUGAAGGGUCCCUCCUGGGGGGCAUGCUAAUGGUCAUAUUUCAAGUCAUAACUGCAGAUCAAGCAUAUGAUGCAAUUGAUCUUCAAAUCCUUGGUCUUCUAUUUGGGACCAUGGUUGUCAGUGUAUAUCUUGAAAGGGCAGAUAUGUUCAAGUACUUGGGAAAGUUGCUCUCAUGGAAGAGUAGAGGGGCAAAGGAUUUAAUAUGUCGAGUCUGCCUGAUUUCUGCCAUUUCAAGUGCUUUUUUUACUAAUGAUACCUCUUGUGUAGUUUUGACUGAAUUUGUCUUGAAAAUUGCAAGGCAGCAUAAUCUCCCACCUCAUCCUUUCCUUCUUGCCCUGGCCUCUAGUGCAAAUAUUGGGUCGGCAGCAACUCCAAUUGGCAACCCCCAAAACUUGGUUAUAGCCGUUCAGAGCAAGAUAUCUUUUAGGCAUUUUCUAAAAGGAAUUCUCCCUGCAAUGAUCAUGGGUGUAAUUGUCAAUGCCCUACUUCUUCUAUGUAUGUACUGGAAGUUGUUAUCUAUUGAAAAGGAUGAGGAAGAUGCAGCUGUAGAACUUCUUGCAGAGGAGGAAGUGAAUUCUCAUCGUUUUUCACCAGCCACAAUGUCACAUUUUAAAUCCUUCAAUUCUCCGGAAUGGAACUCUAGAUGGGAAGUUGUGGCUGUGCAAAGCUCUCCUGGCAUGAGUGUUCCAAUGGGACAGGUUGAGAACCUUAGGAACCGAUCAAUUCCAAGUGCGAAUGAAAUCCAAGGGGUUCCUAGUGGCACAUUGGAGUCUGCAAGAAAUUCUAAUGCACCAAAAGAGGCAGCAAAUGAUGUAUCUUCUCAGGUAAAGGAGGAAACAAUCCCUUCAAAGGGAGUGGCAUCAUUGGAUAGACUAAGAGAUGUACUUUCUGGACUGUCUUCAGAAGGAAAAGAUAAUUUGACCACGAGAUGGAAAAAAAUAUUGUGGAAAUCAGGUGUUUACCUUGUUACUAUAGGAAUGUUGAUUGCUUUGCUUCUGGAUCUAAAUAUGUCGUGGACUGCAAUUACUGCUGCGCUAGCUCUUAUGGUUCUUGAUUUCAGGGAUGUUAGGACAAGCCUUGAAAAGGUCUCCUAUUCUCUGUUAGUUUUCUUUUGUGGAAUGUUUAUCACAGUUGAAGGCUUUAACAAAACUGGAAUCCCAAGUACUCUAUGGGACUUUAUGGAGCCCUAUUCAAAAAUCGAUCAUGUUAGUGGGAUAGCAAUUCUCGCCAUUGUCAUACUUGUCAUGUCAAAUUUGGCUUCAAAUGUACCAACUGUUCUCUUUCUUGGAGCACGAGUGGCAGCAUCGGCAGCUGCAGUUUCUGCAGCUGAUGAGAAGAAGGCAUGGCUAAUCUUAGCUUGGGUCAGCACAGUAGCUGGGAACCUCUCAUUAUUGGGAUCAGCUGCCAACAUAAUCGUGUGUGAGCAGGCUCGCCGAGCUCCCCAACUUGAGUACAAUUUAUCCUUUUGGAGCCAUCUCAAAUUUGGAGUCCCCUCGACUCUUAUAGUCACUGCCAUUGGUUUGACACUUAUAAGAUGAUGUUGAUGCUCUUACACAUAACACACAAUGUUUUUAUGUAAUAAAUUUUGUAGAGGAAGAUUGUUUCAACAUUUAAGCAGUUCAAAGCUGACAAAUGUUGUUUUUCUCUUAAUCUCUAUUUAAUCAUAACGUUUUUCAAUAGUUGCUGAGUGAUUAUUUCAAAUAGACAUCCACAGAACAAUGGGGUAAACUGUGCAUCACUUGCCUGUUUAUACUAUUAGUUUGACCA